AUGGAAACCGCCGAGCCGGUCUCCUAUGAAUUCCCUGGCCAUGCCGUGGGCGCAUUUGCCCAUCGGCGAACUAUGGACGCGCCCUUGUACCCAUACUAUUCGCACCCGACCACGGCCUCAUACUCAGGGCUGCCGUACCAGACCCCCACAUCAGCCCCGUAUGGUCUCGGGUCCUUGAGCCAGCAGUCUCAUCCAUACCAAUACUUUGUUGGGAGCCAGCCGCCGCUCACUUCUUCGACGCGUCUGACGACGGAGCAACCGCCGUCAUUGCCGGAGAUCCGCCCGGCCAAAAAUGCCAUCAGCCAGGUGGCCAAGACGCCAGAUCACAGUCUGCCCUCGCCCGUCGCAGGCUUUCAGAAGGGGAACUAUGGCUCUCAAGAAAAGAAGGAGGGACCUGGCGUCGAUUUCUCGACCGAUGUCGACGUGCUGAUGAAGGCCAUCCAGGCGAAACCGCCAGGGUCCGGGUCAUCGCCCAUCCCGCAGCAUUCGUUGCCGCCUCUCCAGCACGUCGCCCCGCCAGGAUAUUCUAAUUAUGUCAUGUCGCCACCGCAGUGUCUUCUCAACGACGAAGGACAGGUGUCCCGGUCUGGAAAGAAGAAAAAGUAUACCUGCCAAUUACCCAACUGCGGCAAGAGCUUUGCCCAGAAGACCCAUUUGGAUAUCCAUACCCGAGCGCAUACAGGCGAUAAACCAUUUGUCUGCCAUGAGCCGUCCUGCGGGCAGCGUUUCUCGCAGCUAGGCAACCUCAAAACACAUCAGCGUCGUCACACAGGCGAGAAACCGUAUGCUUGUGAAAUCUGCCAUAAGCGGUUCGCCCAACGUGGCAACGUGCGCGCCCACAAGACCACCCACCUUCAACGGAAACCUUUCACCUGUCUAUUAGAUGAUUGUGGCAAGAACUUUACACAAUUAGGCAACCUCAAGUCCCACCAAAAUAAAUUCCACACACCAACCCUCCGAACGCUGACUCUUCGCUUCUCCCAAAUCAACGAGUCUGGGCCCUCGAAUCCUCAAGACAGAGAACUCUGGGAAUAUUUCGCUGCAUUAUACAAAAACAGCAAUAAGGGAAUCAAAGGCCGCGGCAAAGACCGUCGCAUCAGCACCACGAAACGGCUCGGCAGCAAUGUCGACCACCACCACAUGAACAUAAAACGUCUUUCAUCAAUGGAGUCGGAUGAAGACGGGCUUCAGCCCCAUACACGCCGCGGGAGCUAUGAGGAUAAUAUGUCAAUUUAUACGCGUGGGUCGAGUAGUGAUGUGGAUGAAUCGGGUCCCUAUUUCAUGGACCGACGAGCUCCGUAA